UGUGACAAGGCGGCGAGUGUGACGUCACGGCCAGUCUCCCGCUGAGGCUGAGGAAGAAGGAGCAGCGGCGGCGGCGUGUAGUAGUAGUGGUGAUGAUGAGUGUGGUGACUCAGUGAUGAGUUAGUGCUGGUGCUGCUGCUGCUCAUCAUGGACUACAGUCUCAGGCGACGUAUACGGGGGUUCAGAGGAUGGAAGUUGAAAGGUGAACAGUUUGAAGCCAUAGCAACUGUAAUAUUAAGAGUACCAGGGUAUUUAAUUCUGGAUUACUGGUACCAAAAUGAUGUCCGCAACUGCAUUCCUCGGUCCUUAGCAUGGGCAGAUGUUGUGUCAUCGGGCUUUGCAAUAUUUGCUGUGAUCCAAGGUGUUCUGGUGCUGCUGCUGCCCCUGGAGCAGCUAGUGAGCCUUUACAUGCACUACCUCACUAUUGCUGUGCUGGCUGCUGCAGACACUUUCUCCAACUAUUAUAUUGAAGGGGAAAAGCACCUUGUUAAUCAGUGGCCAGAUUAUGGCACUGUCAGCUUCCAGGGCUUCUCCAAUAUGCUGAUGUUGCAGAAGUCAUUGUUUGAUCCACAUAAUGAUAUGGAAACGUUGUACCUGAGGCAGCAAGUUGCAGCUAUUGUGUUUCACACGCUUGUCGCCACAUUUGUAACGUUCUUCCUUGACUUAGAGUGCAAUAAAGAUAAGAUUCUGCUAUUAGUGUAUCUGGUGCCUGUGUUUGCUCGCCUGGCUGGCUUCCCAGUACUGGAGCUUCACCUCACUCAUAAUUUUGCUUCCUGUUUUGUUAUAUUCUUGACUGUUCAGUACAUAUUUCUGUGUGUUCCUCAUGUGUUUAAAUUUUUGAAGCACAUUUACAGCACUCUUGUAGAAAUGGUUGAACUAUAUGGACCUCUAGGAGUUAUAAUUACUCUGUGGAGUCGUCUGUUUGUUCCCAUACAGUUGCUUAUUUUCUGGUUAAUUCUUUUCAUUACUCAGCUAUAUAACCAUUAUUUACCUUCUCAUAAUACAGCUGUAGCACCUAAGCCAGGUACAGCUUUAACAUCACCUGGUGGUGCUCUGGUUGGUGUGACUGCAGCAGUAACGGGUGGGGCAACAGCUGGGUCGGCGAGUACGGCAUCUAUAGCGAGUUCGGCUCCGAGUGAGAUGUGGUAUUUGGUAAUAGUGCAGAGUGCUGCCGAGGUUUGCUACACGCCUCUCAUGUUGGCCGGCACCUGCGUCGCCGUCUCGUACGCUUCUCGGAUUAUUUUAUCCAUUACUAGAACUUACACGGCUGGUCCUGGAGCAGCACCGCUGCCAGAUGAUCUUGUUCACUCGGGCUGGACGGAGGGUGUCACAAUGGCUCUUCUGGCAGUGCAGACUUCACUCUUAAAUAUGGCAAUGCCUGAACGCUUGGCAGUUUUGUCCAUAAUCUUGCUUAUCGUUGUCUCGUCACUGGUUCAAAGUAUGUAUGAAAUUGUUGAGCCAGUAGUUUUAGCCCUCAGUGCUCAGGGUGUAGCAUCUAUAUCCAGGCAUGCUCGUGCUGUGAGUGCGUGCUUACUGUUGCUGUUGCUUCCACUAUACAUGGUUUAUAUGUUCACACUGAUAUUUGAGCAAGACUUUUGGCUACUGCUUGUUGUAUCCACAAGCAUCAUGACUUCUGUGCAAGUGUUGGGUUUAUUGGCAACAUAUGUGCUUCUCACAUGGGAUGCAGUUUGUGCACAGCCAUGGCCAGGAUUAGAUGAUUUGGUUUAUUAUACUCGAGCUACUACAAGGGUGUUUGAGUUCAUUGUUGCUGUGUUUGUUGUGGGUGCUGGGGUGAAGGAGUCUAUAACAGGUCAGUGGUCAUGGAUCAAUGCUGUUGUGUUGCUGAUUCACUGUUACUUUAAUGUCUGGCAACGUUUACAGCAAGGCUGGAAGAGUUUCUUGCUAAGAUUAGAGGCAGCUAAAAAGAUAUCUGCCUUACCAGAAGCUUCUCAAGAACAGCUGCAAGCCCACAAUGAUGUCUGUGCCAUUUGUUACGCAGAAAUGACUUCAGCUCGAACUACACACUGCAAUCACUUAUUCCAUGGCCCAUGCUUACGCAAAUGGCUGUAUGUUCAAGAUAAAUGUCCCAUGUGUCAUGCUCCCAUCACACUUAAGGAUACAGAUUAUCCUGAAAAUGCUGAGCAAGAUGCCACUGAUGCCCAUCCACCACCACCUGAGUCUAUUGAGACAGAACUGGGGGCAAAUAUUCCCUUGCCCGAUGGCGAGAAUGAAGAUUUAAGUCUUUUGAACACUGACGAGGAAGAUGGUGAAGAGUUACAAGAUGGGUAUGCAUUGCACGAACCAAUGAUAGGGAUUGAGGCGGGGGAAGCACAUGUUAGUCAUAUUCUAGAGUAAGAAGACAACUCUUGUUAUUAGUAAGCUGACAAAGUUUGAGAAGCUGAGCUUAAAGCCGUCAUUAAAAUUCUAUUCCUUACACUUUGUUUUACGAGGUGAGUGCAGGAGCAGACUACUUCUGACUCCUGUUAGCAGGCUGAGAGCUUUUCCCUACCAUAGCUCAUGGUAAGCCUUACCCACUAGUUUUACACACAGGUGGGUACAGGAGCAGACUACUUCUGACUCCUGUUAGCAGGCUGAGAGCUUUUCCCUACCAUAGCUCAUGGUGAGCCUUACCCCACUAGUUUUACACUGGAACACAACCUGCCCACUGGUUAACAGCCAGGUACCCAGUUACUGCUCGGUGAACAGAGAAAGAGUUAAGGAUUGAUGUCCAGACAGUCCUCCCUGGCCAGGACUUGAACCUCGAGAAAUCCCUCAUCGGGGGGAGUGUGGUAGUACCACUACACCGCUAGGGAAGAGUUGUGUAAAAUCUUUUGCCUACUGUAUUGCAACUAUUUGUCCUUGGAUCAGAUAUCGGCAGAGGUGGGCAGACCCUAGUUCAGCAGGGACUGAAUUCCUGGAACUUGAUCCAUUGUGAGGAUUGUGACUGGGAAAGUCAGUUUUUUCUAGGCAUGACUGAAGUAUGAACUGAUGGUCCAUUUUACAGGAAUUCUGGACAAUGUAACUUUUUUUCAAUGUUAAAAACUAGAAGAGAAAUGUGUGUUAUGUACCAAUACAAAAAUGUCUCUUUCAAAUUUGAUAUAUGAAUAAAUUAUACAUCAAAUAUAUAUUUUAAAUCAGGGUCAGUUGUGCACAAUCUAUGCAGAAAAAUGUCAUGUAGAAUUGUAUGGCAAGUGAGCUCAGCAUUGAAGGACUUGGUCAAGUUCAAUACAACUCUCCCCCUCAAGUGCCAUCGUGGAGAGGCUCUUCUCUCUGGGGAAAUACAUCAUCGGGGGGUUUCACUGACACCCAUUUUGACAUGCUAGUCUUGAAGGAAAACUGGAACAUUCAAGCUAUUAUAUUUUGUGCUAGUUAUAAGUACUGUACAGUAGUAAUUGACCGUAACCUUCAGUUCCUUUUGAGGAAUGGGUGACCAUCUUUGGAUAGCUGUUACUUCCGAAUGUACAUAGUUACUUGGUGGUCUGUUGACUAAAAUGUUUGUUUAAACUGCUUUCUGAAGAACGGCUAAAUAUCUAUAUCUAUAUUUUAUCUUAAUUACAAUUUUCCUUUAAAGUUUCCUCUCGUGUGUGUGAUACUUCGGUGAUGUUUUACCCCAUAAAUUGUUUCUCAAGUACCGUAUUACUAUAUUCUUGUGAAUUGUGUAAUGAAAAUGUUCUGAUAAGACUACAGAAAUUUUCAGCAGACAUUCCAUUAUAUCUGACCACCAGUGUGGGUGUUUUUCUUGUGAGAAUUACCCAAAAUUAAGGGUGACAGCUUUUCUAAUGUGAUAAAUGUCACUUUAUGAUCAGUGUUUAUUAAUUCAUUGUUAAUCAUAAUGUUCAAAUGGUGCAAGUUCCAUUUUCAUAAAAUAUUCAUUCUUGUUAAUUACAAACAUACUGUAUUUGGCUUCAAUCAAAAGUUCCUUGUAAAGCUUGAAUGUGAAGCACUUAAUAACACUAUUGUUGAUAUUAACAUUGAGUAAAGAAAAUAUUGAAGAAAGUUUGUAUGUCGUGACUUAACACUGCUGCAGUAACCCAAUAUGGCCCCGCAUGUUGCACACUCUAGGGACUUAUAUCAUUCUUUGACUGUUUGUUUUGACUCAUAAAUUGGCCAUUGUAGAUUCACAUGGAGCACACUUUCCACCUUAUUGUAGCAAAUUGUAGAUAAUUUAUUGAAAAUAUGAUGUAUUCAUAAUGCACACAAUU